UAUAUAGGUAUAUUCAUUCAUGCCAUGUAAUCAUUCAUUCCACUUGGUUAUCGCUAAAGAUACUAGUUGUAUGCAGAGCAACACACACUAUUCAAGGAAUUUAUGUUUUUGUUUUUCCUCAAAAAAGAGACCAUUGGAGUGUGCUAUAGAAGGAACAUGUGGUUUCCCUUGAUCAUAUUUGGAACAUGUCUUUUAGAGACUUCUGGAUUUAAUGUUUACCGGUUGAAUACUGGAGAAAAAUGUCAAGUGCAGAUCACACAUUCUGUGGGUUAUUAUGUACUUGAUGAAGAGCUAGCUACUAUCCAGUGUCCAAUCUCACAGCAUUUACAAUUAGACCGCUCUACAUUUCAUUUGGUUUGGACUAGAAAUGGUUUAGAGACAAUGGAUACAGCAGAACAACCUAGAAUACAGCAAAAGGAAGACACCUUGUGGUUCUUGCCAGCUGUAAAAGAGGACACUGGGAUAUACACUUGUAUUAUGAGGAAUGCAUCCUACUGUGCUGAAAUAUCAAUGUCCCUAAAAGUCAUGAGUAACACACCAUCAUCCUAUCCUUAUAUUAAAUAUGAAUAUAUAUAUAUAAUUGGUGUUGAAAACAAUACUUUUGAGAUGAUUUGCCCUGCUUUACCCAACUUUAUAAAAGACCAUAUCAAUGUGAACAUAAAUUGGUAUAAGGAUGGAGAACCUUUGCGUAUUGACAGCUCCAAAUACAGAUACCUGGAUGGGACUACAUAUGUGUCGAUAAAUGAUGUAGGCUAUGAGGAUGAAGGCUAUUACAAAUGUCAGUUAACAUUUUCCCUCGAAAAUAAAGAUUACACCAUGUCAAGGAUUAUACAACUUCAGAUUAUUGAUGAAGGGAAGAGACAACAGCCUGUCAUUGUGAAUACCAAUCACAAGACAAUAGCAGCUGCCACAGGUUCCAAGCUAAUCAUACCAUGCAAGGUAUUUGCAGGCCAUGAUGAUGGUAAUCUCAUGAUUUGGUGGACGGCAAAUGACUCUUUCAUGAGCGAUUAUUCAACAGAUCACCGGGUGACACAAGGAAUGCUACAAGAAAUUACAGAGGCUGAUGGUCAGUACUUUGAUUUACCAUUGAUUUUUGAAAGGAUUGAAGAGGAGGAUUUUAUUACUGACUUUAAAUGUAUAGCGUCUAAUGACUAUGGCCUUGAGGUUCUGCCAACCCAGAUAAAACAAGCAGCCUACUCUUUUGCCUGGUACAUUGCAGCAGUUCCUGCCCUUGUGGUUUUCUUGAUUAUAGCGAUAAUUUUUAUAACCAAAUACAGGAAAUGUGGAAAUAAGAAAGAUUAUCCUCCGGCCAAGUCGUAAAAAUGGUGCUAUAUUCUGAACAUUACUUAGGAAACCACUUAGAAGAUCAUAACAGAUAAAGUAUCAGACAAGUAAACCUUAGAUGUAUGAUUUUUGGCAACAUGACAUCUAGGCUGCUCAUUAAGAAGACAGAGUUCAAGAAAACAAGCUUUACAUGUAUGAGACAAAAAAAACACUUGUUCAUUAAAAAAGAUGUAUAGUGAGUAUUUGGUUUCUUGUUCUAGAACAUUCCAGAUCCUGCUCAUUUUGUCCUAUGACAUUUGUGGAAAUAUUUGGAAGUAACCUGUUCUAAUGAAUGAUUGUCGUAAAUUCAUUUAGGCUGGCAAUACACUUUAGAUCCUGUUGGGCGAAAGGCAAACACUCCCAGUACUCAUUAAAUGGGCAGCCAGUUUCUCCAAAAUUGGCAGGUUCACCUUACCUAAUGUAUAUGGCCAGCUUUAGCGUUUCACAUAUUGCAGUUUGGACACUGAAUAUACUUUUAUCGUGAGCCACAUAGGUUUUGUUCUAGAUCUUUUCUGUAAUAAAACUGUUACAAUUAUAAUAGAUGUGUGUAAGUAUCAAUUGAUAAAACUGCAUGAACUGUAUUUAAAGGAAACCUAAAGAUUUUUAAAAGGGGUUGUCUACUCUUUUGCAAGUGAUGGCCUAUCCUUCAUAACUAUGUAUAAACACUGAUUUAGGCCUCUUG